AUUUGCUCAAAACACUGUCAUCAAAUCGGCAUUUGUGCGGCGACUGGUGCAGAGUCCAGCGCGCAAACGUGCUUUCGCGACGCGUGCUAAGGCUACCUCGCGCUUGCGCAAGCAUCCGCCCCGGUAACGCCGCGCCAACAAGCUAGCUGCCGCUGCCGCCUGCAAAACUCAAACGAGCGACGGCGACAGCAACCAUGAGGAAGGUCGACUCCUUCGGCAUGAUCGACUGCCAGCUCGUCAAGCACGACGAGGCCCAGAAGGUGCUGAAGGAGUGCAUCACGUCUGUCAAGGCCGAUUUGACGUCCAAGGCGGAUCCCGUCAUUUCAUAUGUCGCCGGUUUGUGUUCCUAUCUCUGCGGCGAGCAGAUCUGGGACUCGGAGACGUGGCGGAGAUGUUGUACGGUCCACUUCGAAAGUGUAUGUCCUGACGACGCGCAAGCGGUCGGCACGGCCUACAGGCAGUCUUGCAUGGAUCGGUGGAAAGAAAAAGUAGUGGACACCUGGGGCGCUGAUUUAGACCCUGACUUAAAAACGGCUUGCGACGUCGAGUUUUCCUUAGCUUAUGGGGGGAAACUCUUGUUACAUAACACUCGAUUAUUCUUGAAAUGUGGACGAAGGUACGGUAUUUGCGGCAAGAACGGCGUCGGGAAGACGACGCUCAUGCGCAACGUCGACAACGGGAAGAUCGAAGGCCUAGAUCCGGACUUGUGUUCUGUUUUCGUCGAGUCGCACGCGGACGAGGACCCCGACGUCCGCGACGCGGCGUAUCUAUGAACCUUGAACGUGACGCGGUCGCGGCGAUGGCGUCGCGUCGAUGCGUCGAUGGCGUCAUCACGAUCACACGAGCGUCGUUCCCGCGCAGGACUCGAAGCCCGUCCUCAAGUGGGUCUGCUCGCGCCCGAGAUUGGUGGAAAGGCAGGUCGCCGACGAAACAAAUGCGUUAGAAUUGUUGAAAUCAGUAGGGUUCACGGACGAGUUACUCAAUGCCCCGGUAGCAUCACUAUCCGGAGGCUGGCGCAUGAAGCUGUCGUUGGUCGUAGCAGCCCUGAUGGACGCCGACAUCUUGUUACUGGAUGAACCUACCAAUCAUUUAGAUAAGAAAAGUAUCGAGUGGUUAGUUGCCUACUUAACGACGACGCGAGCGUGCUGCAUGAUCGUCAGUCACGACACGGCCUUUUUGGACGCGGUCUGCACGGACAUUAUUCAUUACGAAUCCAAAAAACUCGUGAGGUAUCGCGGUAACCUGUCCGAGUUCGUGGCCAAGGUCCCGGCGGCGGCCGCGUAUUACCGGCUCGAGGAAUCGUCUACGCGCUAUGCCUUCCCGGCGCCGGGCCGGUUGGAAGGGAUUAACAGUACGACCAAGGCCAUCCUGAAACUGGACGGCGCUACCUUCACGUGGCCGGGUCGGGACCAGCCUACACUUGUCGAUGCGUCUUGUAAGUUGACACUUGGUUCACGAGUCGUGGUCUUGGGCCAGAACGGCGCGGGCAAAUCUACACUUAUUAAGCUUGUUGUUGGUGAGAACGGCCCUGAUAAUGGGGAAUGCCUGUGGCGCCAUCAUAACUUACGGAUAGCCUACGUCGCGCAGCACUCGUUCCACCACAUCGAGCAGCAUCUAGACAGAAGCCCGUGCGAGUACCUCCAGUGGCGCUUCGGGAAGUACAUCGACGAGGAGCAGCUCCAAACGAAACUAGUGGAGUUGAAGCGGCAGCAAGCUCAGGAGGACCCCGACCGGGAGCCCCCUCGACCCCUACCUCAUUCGUUUGAAAAAAUCAUGGGUAGAAGAGAAAAGGGCGGCGUCGUGGAGUACGAGGUGAAGUGGUGGGACCGGGCCGAGAAGCACAACCUGCAUAUCGAUAAAGAUAGGUUGGAGCGGACGGGCCACGCCGAGGAGGUGUUGAAGUACGACAUGUUGGUCGCGGCGCGCGCUGCCGGUUUGGAUUUAAUUAAUGUCACGGUCAAGGAGCUCCAAGCGCAUCUCGAUGAGUUCGGCCUACCGCAGGAGUACGGGACGUACGGUAAGGUACGAGGCUUAUCAGGGGGUCAAAAAGUCAAGUUGGUACUGGCGGCGGCCAUGUGGAAUAGGCCUCACUUACUCAUAUUGGACGAGCCGACGAACUUCCUGGACAGGGAUAGUCUGGGGGCGCUGUCGAACGCGAUCCGCGACUUCGGGGGAGGCGUCGUCAUGAUCUCGCACGCCGAGGAGUUCUACAAACCUUUGUGUAGUGAACAGUGGCUCGUCGAAGCCGGUAAACUAACCUGCGACGGCGAGGCCGAGGACAAGAAGCUGAAGAUCGGGAAGAAGAAGCGCGAGGCCAAAGUGAAGGAAGAGGUCAAGACCACCGGUUCCAUCAACGAGGAGGUCAAAUAUCAAAAUCCGAAGGACUUCUGGGGCAAGAACCUGUCGAAGAAAGAUAUAAGAACGUGGGCGAAGAAGGUGGCAAAAAGGGACUACCCCGCGAUGCGCAAGCUACUCGGCGUGCCCAAGGGCAAGACCAUGCCGGGCAUGCCCGAGCUCGGGGACGGCUUAUCAUAAAGAGUGUUACUUAGUUAUCCUUAGUAGGGCUGCGACGACCGAGAGGUCGAUCUCCGGGUGGCUCGUGAGGUAUGCCACGGCUGUUC